GUCCGCAGUUUGACACUAUCGUCAGUUCCCACCGGCGGCCAUUCAUCGAUCAACCGUUGGCAUUGAAAGUGAAGAUGUCAUCCUCUCCCCCAGCUUGUAAAACCCUCCAUGUAUCACCUCUGUCCAGAGAACACACCUGUGACCCUGUUGGGGUGAUUCUGAGCCAAGGUGGAUGUUUCACACACGAACAUGGACAGAUGUUGGGACCUGAGGUCAGUCUGAUGGAGAUGUCAGAAACUGAUUAUACACACCUUCAGCACCUUAUGCAGGCACACAUGGAGGCAUACAUUGCCCCUCCAGAUUUGCCAGAUGCCAGAUCUCAGCUGGCUACAGUGAUGGUUAAAGACACCACAGUGAUUUCCCCCUGCAUGUCCACUCAAGCUAUUGACCUAUCAGCUUCAACUGAUGAUCACUGUCUGGUGACGCCAGGAGAAAAGACUCCAGCUUCUUAUGGAGAGGUCCCAGGUUUUGUGCUGGCCAGAGUCAAAGAUGUAGACAGCCCGACUGUAGCACAUGCCCACAGCAAGACAUCUUCAGAGAAGCGAUCCAUAUCGGCUGCUAGAGUUUGCUUGGAGAAAAGGUUUAACACCAUGUGUGCUGACACACCAAGACAGCAAGAUACUCAUUCUGCAGUUCUCAGGAAUUUUUUGACAAUACUUCAGCAGUCUGCAGAGACUCAAGAGGCAGUCAUACACCCUCAGCUGCAGACGUGGAUGAGAACUGAGAGAGCAAAUGUUGAGGUUUCCAGCCCAUUUAUAGGGAGUGUAUUUAACCCAGUCACCAACAUGUGUGAACAAGUUAUUGGCCAUAUUCCUCACAUGACUGAACCUAACAAGCAUCAGGGUUUAAUCAUCCCCAAGAGUAUCUCAUUUAAUUUCCAUCCAGAGAGGGUUGUUGUAAAAGCUCACUACACAAGUGGCAGCAGUUCAUCAGAGGAGCAGCAGCUGGUGAACAUAGAAAAUGAUGUGGUGACCCCCACGACCCCCAGGAAGCAUGAUAGCACCCACAGCUCUCAGCAUAUCCAGGCUGCUUCAGCUGCCCCAGAUUCUGCUGGAGAAUCAGGGAACAACACCAGGAAAAGAGCUCGACCUCAUAUGACGUUUAUCCAACGGAGGGAGAGACACAACACUAAGGAGAGGGAACGCAGGAAGAGGAUUCGUUCUUACUGUGAUGAGCUGAACGCGCUGGUGCCAUUCUGUGAGUCGAAUACAGACAAAGUCACCACCCUGCAGUGGACCACCGUCUUCCUCAGAUACAUCAAUAAAAAGUAUGGAGACGACCUCAAAGAGGAGUUUCAGCAGGCAUUCACUGAUGGGAAAGGACACUUUCUUAAAUCCAGCUCUUCUUCAGGCCACGACCCAAUCCACGGGGAGAUGGACGAGACACUGAUCAUUCCUCUCGCGGUAGAGCAAUAACCCUCUCACUACUUACUUUGAUCAGCCAGCCAGAUAUGUGAGUACAUUUCUAUUUAACAUUUAACCUUGGGUUGUCCCAGGAGGUCUGGCUGUG